ACCUCUCGCUCCAGCUAGCCCAGAGUCACCCUGGCAGGCUUCAACAGCCUCGUGAGAAGAAUGUCGGCCAUCACCCUCGAAGCGUGCAUCACCCCCUCGCGCUCAGCCGUCAAGCCCCUCGCCGCCACAAAGGGCUCAAAGCCCAAGCGCCAGCUCAAGGGCGACCCCGACCUGCCCGACUAUGUCGCUCCAGAGCCAAAGACCAACAUGGACCGCCGCGAGUGGGACCGCAUGAGCUCGCGCAUGGAGGGCUUCCACUCGUACUUCCGCCUCGCCUUCAAGCAGCUGUUCGAGUUGAGCGACGGCUCGUUCGAGAAGCGCGGCCUGUCGGUCCGCGACUUUAUGGGCGUCGCCGAGGACUUUCACGAGCACCUCGGCUUCCACCACGGCAUCGAGGAGCGCCACAUCUUCCCUGUACUCGCCAAGCGCAUGCCGCAGUUCGCCGUCGAGCACCAGGAGGAGCACAACGCGAUCCACGAGGGCAUGGACAAGCUCCAGGCCCUCAUCGCCAAGUACCGCGCCGACCCGUCGUCCUACUCGCCGGACGAGUUCCGCGCCAACUUGGCCAGCUGGGGCCCGACGCUCUUCUACCACCUCAACGAAGAGGUUGAGAGCCUCAAGCCGGACGUGCUGCGGCGAUACUGGACCCUCGACGAGGUGAGGAAGCUGCCGAUGUAGACCAAGCGCGGGCCGCUUUCCGUUUCUCUCUCUAGAUCUCCAUCCUCGUCGCCUCUCUCUCUCUCUGUAGACGCUGCUCUAGCUGUAUCGAGCAUGUAGAUCGUCUUCAUUGCGCCCGU